AGGCCCGAUUCCCCUUUGUUCGGGUUCGCCAUUUUGCGAGGCAGCGGCAGUGGCGGCGGCAGCGGCGGCUGGAGCCUCUGAUUGGGUUUCGGAGUCCGGUACUGGAGCCAAUCAGCGCGGGCAGCGAACCGGGGGAGCGAGGCACGGAGUGCAUCUCGCACUUCUAGGACCUCGGGGGUGCACCUCUCCGUGUACAGGAUCCUGACGUGGAGGGACCAUGGAGCAGUAUACGGCGAACAGCAAUAGUUCCACGGAGCAGAUCGUUGUACAGGCUGGACAGAUUCAGCAGCAGCAGCAGGGUGGUGUCACUGCUGUCCAGUUGCAGACUGAGGCCCAGGUGGCAUCCGCCUCAGGCCAGCAAGUCCAGACCCUCCAGGUCCAGGGGCAACCAUUAAUGGUACAGGUCAGUGGAGGCCAGUUAAUCACAUCAACUGGCCAACCCAUCAUGGUCCAGGCUGUCCCUGGUGGACAAGGUCAAACCAUCAUGCAAGUACCUGUAUCUGGGACACAGGGUUUGCAGCAGAUACAGUUGGUGCCACCUGGGCAGAUCCAGAUCCAGGGGGGGCAGGCUGUGCAAGUGCAGGGCCAGCAGGGCCAGACACAGCAGAUCAUCAUCCAGCAGCCCCAGACAGCCGUCACCGCCGGCCAGACCCAGACACAGCAGCAGAUUGCUGUCCAGGGGCAGCAAGUGGCACAGACUGCCGAAGGGCAGACCAUCGUCUAUCAGCCAGUUAAUGCAGACGGCACCAUUCUCCAGCAAGUUACAGUCCCUGUUUCAGGCAUGAUCACCAUCCCAGCAGCCAGUUUGGCAGGAGCACAGAUUGUUCAGACAGGAGCCAACACCAAUACAACCAGCAGUGGACAAGGAACUGUCACUGUGACACUGCCAGUGGCAGGCAAUGUGGUCAAUUCAGGAGGGAUGGUCAUGAUGGUGCCUGGUGCUGGAUCUGUGCCCGCUAUCCAAAGGAUCCCUCUACCUGGGGCAGAGAUGCUCGAAGAAGAGCCUCUCUAUGUGAAUGCCAAACAGUACCACCGCAUACUUAAGAGGAGGCAAGCCCGGGCCAAGCUAGAGGCAGAAGGGAAAAUUCCAAAGGAGAGAAGGAAAUACCUUCAUGAGUCUCGGCACCGUCAUGCCAUGGCACGGAAGCGUGGUGAAGGUGGACGAUUUUUCUCUCCAAAGGAAAAAGAUAGUCCUCAUAUGCAGGAUCCAAACCAAGCAGAGGAAGAAGCCAUGACACAGAUCAUUCGAGUGUCCUAACCCCCGGCCACGUGAUGGAGCGGAUUAAGGUCAUGUUCCUCGCCACUGUUGCCCACUGUUCCAGGAAAGUGAUCAAUUCUUCCGAUGGGACACUGAUGAUCACAUUCUGCCCUUUUCUACAGGACAGAAACCCACUUAAUUUUUAAUAAGUGGCUCCGCAUUACACUUGCAGUGGUGUCUGGCAAAUGAAGUUGCAAGCCUUUGUCUCACCCUUUCAGUCGGGACCUAUUUUAGACUGUUGAUGACAUUGACAUUUCAUGGAUUAGGAUGAUGCGAGGGACCUCUGCCAGCCCAGCAGUACCACACACAGCACUUGUGUUGACUGGUGAAGCCAGCCAGCCAUCUCAGCAGGGGAGAACAAGCUUCUCAACCUAAAUUGCAAUCAGGGAAGCAGUCCUUCCCAUGGAUUCUAAAAAUCACCCAUCCCUCUGAUGAGGGAUCUCAGGCGGACUAAAGUGAAUGGACACUUUGUAUUCCGAGAUGACUUCCAGGCAAGGAAGUUCUAUCUCAUGAUAUGGAAACAAUAAAUUCUCUGAGAUACAUUCAUCUAAUCUGUGGUAAUAAUGAGAAUCUCUGUCUACCCAGAUGAUAGGUUGGUAUUUUUGGACUCCAGCCAAGAAAAAGCUAAUUCUGGGGAUAGAGUUUUAAAAGACUCAAGCACUAAAAAUAUAAAUUGCUGAAUCGUCUUUAGCUUUGACAAGUUGUGGUCUGCUUGUCUGUCUGUGGAGGUCAUCUGUACCAUAGUUCUUACUAUGGCUACUUUUAAGACAAUUAGAAGGUAUUGGACCUUGAAACUGCCUUUCCUAAGUAGAGAACAAAACAAUACAACAACAACAAAAAUACAACAACUUCUGUGGUGAAGUGCUAAGGACAUUUUGUAGUAACUCCUACUAACCAGAGAGCCAAACUGGAGAUUUUCAAUCGUAGGCUUGGUGACAGCAUUUGGGAAAUAGAAGGGUUUGUGUGUGUGUCAGUCUAGAAGAAGAGAGCAAGUAGUAUAUAUACCCAUUUGUUGUCAUACAGCAUGAUUCUCCAGUGGAUGGAUGCCUGGGAUGGAUCUUUAAGAUGAAGAGGCUAAUUUACAUUUACACUAACCUUUUAAUAAGCACGGAACAGGAGAAGUCUGAGAUGUGGUCCUUGACAAUUUCUGGAAAGCACUGUUCAAUCAAGCUGUCCUGGACAACGCCAGGUUACCUGUUAGAGCGUGAGGUGGAUGUUGGCUUCACUCCUGCAGCACUUUGUGCUGGCCACAGAGAGUACACAUUCUCAUUCUUCCCAUGGCAGCUGACUCUUUGGUGCCAGUCUCCGUUUGUUUCCCCCUUUUCUCCAUAAGCCUUGUGCAGAAAGGUUUUCACAUUGCACCCACAUUUUGCAGAUAACUGCAGACUGGAAAUAGAGAUUCCUGCAGUGUCAGACACUGGGUCACAGUUCCCAGAAUGAGUUGUGCCUCAGAAAUCCAUUUCCUUUCCAGAUGUUGAACCCUGGGAGAAAAAAGAUGGUAUUUCAGAAGAGCCGCUGCCUUCUCUGGAAACAAAGAAGGAAAACUUAAUUCUUUUGAAGAACAUUUGGGUUUGACUUAAAUACCAAGAGUAAAGAUUGGCUCUGUUUUUUAUAGUUUUAUUAAGAAGGAAAAGAUAUUAAACCCUCUAAAGAAAACAUCACAUAAGGAAAUCAUUGUAA